CCCUGGGAGGAAACGCUGGAGGAGAUCUCUGCUGCUGGUCCAGAGCCCCAGGAUGCUGCUGGUGUCUUUCCUCGUGCUGGCUUGUUUCUCCGUCUGCUUGGCAGAUGUCCAUCAUCUGGAGGCAAUCAAAAUAAUGAAUAACACACCUGUGGUGGACGGUCACAAUGAUCUGCCCUGGCAGUUGCUGACAAAAUUCAACAACCAGCUGUCCUUGAAGGCAGCCAAUUUGCAGGAUCUGCAAGACACUCACACCAAUAUUCGGAAGCUGCGUCUCGGGCAUGUAGGAGCCCAGUUCUGGGCAGCCUAUGUGCCCUGCGACACCCAAGACAAAGACGCAGUAAAGCGAACUCUGGAGCAAAUCGAUGUCAUUCACCGGAUGUGCCACCGAUACCCAGAUACCUUCAUGUGUGUUACUGACAGUGCAGGUAUCCGGGAGGCUUUUGCCUCUGGCCACGUGGGCAGCCUAAUCGGCGUGGAGGGGGGCCAUUCCAUUGACAGCAGCUUGGCCGUCCUGCGCACCUUCUACCUGCUGGGCGUGCGCUACAUGACCCUCACCCACAGUUGUAACACUCCCUGGGCUGACAACUGGCUGGUAGAUACAGCGGAGGAAAGGCCUGUCCACAAUGGCUUGACGGAAUUUGGGAAGCGUGUGGUCCUGGAGAUGAAUCGGCUGGGCAUGAUGGUGGAUUUGUCCCAUGUCUCUGUGGAGACGAUGAAGGCUGCCCUAAAGGUCUCCAAGGCCCCCGUGAUAUUCAGCCACUCCUCCGCCUACGCCAUUUGCCAAAACAGGCGGAAUGUACCGGACGAUGUGCUCCGCCAAGUGAACGAGACACGCAGCCUUGUAAUGGUCAACUUCUACAACGACUACAUCUCCUGCAGCAGCCAUGCCACUCUGGCCCAGGUAGCAGACCACAUGGACUACAUAAAGCGCGUUGCUGGAGCAAAAUCCGUUGGCAUUGGAGGAGACUAUGAUGGGGUGCCCAGAGUCCCUCAAGGCUUAGAGGAUGUCUCCAAAUACCCAGACUUAAUUGCUGAACUGCUGAGGAGGGGAUGGACGGAACAGGAGGUGGAGGAUGCCCUGGCCAACAAUCUUUUGCGGGUCCUGGGGGAAGUAGAGCAGGUGCGAAACAAAAUGUCUCUCGAAGAAUUUCCCGAUGACACCCCCAUUGCCCUCCAGGAGCUGGGAGGAGGAUGUCGAACACACUACGGGUACCCCAGCCAAGGGGAUCACCCCAGAGCUUUGCCUGCUCUGCUCCCCCUGCUGUUGCUCCUCUCCACAUUGAUCUCAUAGAAGCCCCGGGAUCUCCUCCCUUGCAGACGACGAGGAUCCUGCCAGGUUAAGAAAGAAGCAUUUCUGCAUCCAAUUCCUAUCGCACUUCAAAUUCUGCCCAAAUCUCGGACUGUUCUCUUAUUACCUCCAUUAACUUGUGGCCGGCUACCAAAACGCCAUCAAUGGCAGCUGCUCUUUCCCCACUGUGGGCAUCGGAGGAGCCAGGCAAGCAAGAUUCUGCUUUGAACUUUCCCAAGUAUUUGCUAGCCGCCCUCUUUGCUCUGCAGAUCCCGGGAGUUCAUCAUGGUGGGGGAGCACAGGGGACGACACCACGCGCCACUUAGGUUUGCCUGUCUCUUUUCCCCCACCUUGUGAAGGGCAGAGAUUGCAGCGGGAGGGAUGACGAGAGAGUAAGCAGACACACAACGGGGAAUAGGUCAAAAACAACACAGCGGCGCCAGCAGCCUUGAGUAACCCUACUCAAAAAUCCCUGAGUAUUCCCCUUGGCCUGCCUGUUUACUUCCUUGUAACCCCUCCCUCGAAUGCA